GCUUGAAACAGAGAGGGUUCUAGGGCUCACUAGAUCAUAGAUCAUCGAUCAUCAUGGUUCUCAAACAAUGCGUAGCCGAGACGACGACAGAAAGAGAUUCGAGCAAGUUUAAGGAGGCGGCAGAACCCAUGGAUGAUGUUUCUUCGGUCGUUGUCAAUUCUUACCUGACAAAGCGUAAGGCUGAGUUCGACCUGGAGGAGGAGGAACAGAGCGUUGGUGAGAAUGAAGAAGGCAGUGAUGAGGAAGCCAAAAUGGAUGAGCCUGAGGCUAAAUUUGAUAUGUUAAUGGCGCCUGAAUGGGAUGUGGACAGCUUCGAAGCGCUUGAUGGUAAAACCUUUCGUGAGUUCUGGGAAGAGAUGGUCUAUGUUUGUCUCCAAAAACACAACCAAGUCAAGGAUUUGAAUGUGGAGUUGGUUGAAGUUGUGAGAGGUAAUUUUCACGGAGGACCGAGAUCAAAGUCAUACAUUACAUUUAUGGCGAGGGAGAAGCCGGAUGGACCUCUUGUGGAGUAUCAAGCCAAGUCUAUGCUUACUUUGGACGGCAAGAUACAUCCCAUCCUCUGCAGACCAUCUCCUAUGCCAAAGCCUUAAAACCAAUUCUAUUUAAGGUAUGGCGUUAUCUUAGCCAAUCGUUUGCCAGAAUUAUGAGGAAAACUAUUUUCAAUAGCUUCACAUGGAGGGUAUAAUCAACAAAUAAAGUGCACGUCUUUAU